AUGCAGAAGCUGUUCGUGUCAUCCUCCAACCCCGUCAUGCCUGGUGAUGCCCCGGAGGGCGUUGAGGCGAAGAUGGCCUAUGAUACGAGCGGUACCGAUGGCUUGAAGGCUGCGCUUCCCGCUACUUUUGGUGGAUAUUUGCUCGAGGCGUUGGCGAAGGACAUGUACAAGGUUGCGCCGCCUCCGGAGAUGGUGAAUAAGAAGGGUGUCGAUGGCAUUCAGGAGGCGUUGGAUCGGCUGAGGAACGGUAUUUCUGCGAAGAAGAUUGCUGUUGAGGCUCCUUGGACUCCACUGUUAUAG